CUGUGCUGAAGGACUCUCAAAUAUCUAUGCUCAUCCAGAUUAAACUCAGCAGGUGCCCAGUCUGGAGCUCAGGAGUCAUCUCAAGUUUUUCCUUUUUUGUUGUCCUACAGCUAAGCUGACGCCGAAUAGCUUCUUUCUCCCUGCUUUCUCCAAAAGAGAAAAGAGGGGAUCGGGAUGAAGAGAAGUUUCUCUCUUGUGGAAGAAACAUGGCCAGAGAUUGGGUUCAGGAGCACCAUGUUUGACCUUGCCUUGGUUUAUAAAGCAUUUGAUUGUUGCAUUGCAAGAAAAAAUGGAAUCGUGAAUAUCCCUUCAAAGAUGAACAUUUGCCUCUUUAGUACCAAAUGUAUAUUCAACUGCUGUGUCUCCAUGCCUUCCUGUACACACGAUACGUACUGCAAUAAUUUUGUAAGGCAGAAGAAGAGAAAGAAGAAGAAGAAGGAGGAGGAGGAGAAGGAGAAGAAGAAGAAGAAGAAAAAGAGGAAGGAGGGGGAGGAGGAGAAAAUAAUAUAGAAAGAAAGGGAAGAAGGAAGAAAAGACUAUAGAUUGGCA